AUGUUCUGCAGAAAUGCUUAUCGGUCAUUGCCAGUGUUAUUUCUUUUGUCUGUUUUGAUAAAUGUUGUGAUCGGUCCAACGAGUUCAAGUGAGAAUCAGGUAAGCAUUUCUAGUAAAUAUUCAAGUAUCUGUGACUGUGUUUAAAAUUUAUAGCUUCCAUAAAUGUUCAUUGAUGUUGAUUCUGCUCGACCAUGCAUAUUAUAGGGUGAACAAAGUAGAGAAGUCCCGUUUGAUGAAAAUCGCUUUCGACAAGAAAAACUCAAACUCUGUGUAUGUUGAAAAUGUGACAAUGCCAUUCUAUAUUGACUAUAAUUUAGUAUAACGUAUAAUAAAUGUUUCCACUAAUUGUACUUUUGCUAUUUAGUGUUCAGAUGGUGGCAAUAGCUCCUUGGUUGAAGAGGACGUUGAUUUAAUCUGGGAAUGUAAUUGUACGGAGAAAUGUUGCUGUUUAGAUCGCGCUGAAGAGAAUGUUCAGAGAAUGGAAGAUGAACUUAAUGGAUUGGUAACUAGUUUUGUAACACGACACAGAAAGUAGACACAAUAAAAUGUGUGUUUUGAUCGAAGACGAAGUAAUUAUAAAAGUGGGGCUUAAAAUCCUGUACUGUAACUGCCCAUACAAGAAUAACUAUUUACUGCAAUGUUCAUGAUUUAAUACAGUACAGGAUUUUAAGCGCCACUUUUAUAAUUACUUCCUCUUCGAUAAAAACACAAAUUUUAUUGUGUCUAUACAUUUUGUGUCGUGUUACCUCCUGUGGUGCAUGCUUAUCAGCUUAUGCCAUGAUAUGAUUGACUAUAUCAUUAUAUCGCUUUUGUUAAAGAUAUAUACACAUGCAUGUACAGCCAUUAGCUAUCAUGCAUUAUAUAUACACAUGCAUGUACAGCCAUUAGCUAUAAAGACAAGUAUAUAUUUGAACAAAUAAGAUCGAUUCAUAUGACAUAUAAAGGUCAUAUAUAUAUGACAUAUAAAGGUCAUAUAUGACAUUUGAAAAUUACACACAGCGAUUUGUUGCAAUAAAUCGCUGCGUGUAAAUGUCAACCGAUUUUAUAGGGAGUACUUGCGUCAGCAUCUAGCGAUUGACAAAAUCGUGAGAAAAAUCUAUUACAAAUAUUUUUAACUACAUUUUUCUUCCGGUGUUACGACAACUUAAAUUAUAUUCGCGGUUGCGUGUAUAUUAAACACGACUGUAUUCAGUGUAUGAAAACUAAAUAAACAUAUAGUUUUUGACUUUCGUUGUUUUUUCGGUUUUCCGUUCUGAAAAUGUUUCAGACGAUAUUAGCUAUAAAAUCUGAAAUAAAGCGGUCGCGAUGAGUCAUUUACACUGCACACAGUGACACAACGAUUUAUCGGAGCUGACAAGUCUCGCACACAAUAUGAUGUGAGAAUCCGCCCGACAAAUCACUGUGUGUAAAUACCUCUAUUUGGAUAUCUAAACUUAGAUAUCAAUAUUUGUACUAUUAUUCUGAAGUCAAAUAGGUCCUGCUGUGAAACCGACGACGUUGAGCCCGACGAUCCAUACACAUUUAGAAGUCCUCUGGCGGAUAUAACUCGGGAUUUUUGGAAUUCAAAAACAGCAAAGACGAAUGAGGUAACUGGUAAUGAGUUUGUUAUAAUAAGGAAAAAUUGAUAUUGGUAUAUAUAAGAAGAAGAUUUAAAUUAAAGAUUAUAAGAAGAAGAUUAUAAGAAGAAGAUAUAUAUAUUUUCCAUUUUUUUCAACGUUUUCUACAGACGGAAGAUUCUAGAGCUGGCGAAACUGGAACAGGUAUCUGGGAAAAAAAUUGCUUCGAUUUCGGGCCAACAUUGUUAAGUUUGUAGAGUUUACCUCGCAGGAAAAUAAGCAAGCUUUAUUAUAUAAGUAUUUAACCAAAUUUAUACUUACUUCCGCGUGCAUGUGGUCAUGGUUAUGCUUAUUUAUAGGUAGUAAAAGUAAAGAAUCAAAGUGUCAAAAUCAAAAGAUUUCCAUGGACAACAUAUUAAAAGAUAUUUCAAAACGAUGCUGCAAUGAUCAGUGUUUAAAGAAAUUGUCGCUUCAGUCAGUGAGCGAGCAACGUAAACGUGUUUGGUCUAAACCGCAUUCCGAAUGCAAAGUAUACAUCAAUGCCAUGAUAGAGCAAGCAGAACUAGGACGAAAUCCUCGCAAAGGCGGGAAAGGACCAAGUGAAAAGAGAUUCACCUUCAACGCCGUAGAUAUAUGCCCAAUUGCGUGGUGUGCUGUUCAAGGGAUUUCCAAAACAUGGUAAGAAUAUACAACCCCAAACGCGGGGAGCGGGAUUUCGUACAUGCGAGGUAGCGGUUUCCCUUGACAAAAUUUUAUAUGCCCGGAGUUCUGGGAGCGGUUGUAUAAACUUGACUAAUUUUAAGUACUAUUUAUACAACAUGAGCGCCGUGUUGUAUCGGAUAUACAAACUCGAGCCGAAGGCGAGUGAAACAUUUUGAUGAGAACAUUUGUAUUCUGCAACAAUUUAAAAUAAAUGAAUGAUAUUUAGCGAUAAACAGUUUGAACUUAAAGUUCGUUUUUUUAAGAGCUGGUGCUUUAGAAGCAAUCAUUGCACGGAUUCUGUGUCGAAUAUUACAAAGUCCUUCACGCUCAUGAUUUUUUUGUGUUUUCUUCAUGAAUUAUUGAGUUUCACAACUACAUUUAAUAUUUAACUACGAGAUUUGCAGUUGAAAAGCAGUAAGGGGCCGAUUACAUGGAGAACUUUCAACCCCGGGGUUGAACUCAGCCCUGUUAACCGGGUUGAAAUUUUUUUCAGCCCUGGGUUGAAAAUUUUGUCAUGUAAUCACGCGUUUGAUUUUGAUAGAGUUUUCUAGUACAGACAUGCAGGGCUGAAAUUUCAACCCGGUAAACAGGGCUGAGUUCAACUCCGGGGUUGAAAAUGCUCCAUGUAAUCGGUCCCUAAGUCUGAAAUAUAUGCGACUUUAUAAUUGGUAUAUUUUACUUUUUUAACAAUUUAACAAUUUCAUUUUCUUUUUUGAAGCUUUUUUGAAAGCCGAAAAGCUCUCAGUGACGACCUAGAAUUUGACACAACUACCAAACUCAGUCGAAGAUCUGUAACACACGAAAUAGCAAAACUAUGGUUCGGUAAAUUUAGCAAGUUCGCAGAUUCAAUGCCAAACAGCGACGUGAAGUGUCUCCCAUCGUGUCUGACAAAACUGUCAGUAUAUCAUUUGUACGUCGAUCAAAUGAAAGACCAGCCGAAAUUGUCUCGUACACGGUUUAUAUACGAUAUGUGGAAAACAAAUUUUCCUAACGUGUAUAUACCAAAGGUAUAAACAAUAUAAUUUUUAUCACCAACAUUUGCCCAUUGCCGCAUUGGACAUUGUCCUUGUAAGGUUUAUAACUCACAAAAUUUAGUAUAUUACAUACACAUAUUCUGUGAAACUCUCCACUCCUUCCCCGUACAUCAUGUUCUCUACAUGUCAUAUUUUUCUUCUUUCGUUUCCUCGUGUAUAGCAAAGCCGUUUUACGAAGUGCUCUAUCUGCGUCCUACUAAAGGACAAGUUGCAGAGUUCAAAGACAACGGUAGACCUAAGGCAGCGGUUCACAUUGAUGCGAAAAGUUCAUAUAACACAACAAAU